AGUGAGGCUGGACAGUGGGGGAAGCCCAUCUAGCUGGACUGGUCAGAUGGAGUCUCCCAAGCUUUAGAGCUGUUCCUCCCUCCUCCAUUCUCCCGUUUGGGGGAACCCAGGCAUUCAGGAUGAAUCUGGAAAAACUCAGCAAGCCUGAGCUCCUGACCCUCUUCAGCAUUCUAGAAGGCGAGCUAGAAGCAAGGGAUCUCGUUAUUGAAGCUUUAAAGGCCCAACACAGAGACACUUUCAUUGAAGAGCGCUAUGGAAAAUAUAACAUCAGUGAUCCUUUAAUGGCUCUACAGAGAGACUUUGAAACACUCAAGGAAGAAAAUCAUGGUGAUAAGCAACCUGUCAGCCCUCACCCCCUGUCUGUGCUUAAGGCGGUGAUGAAGCAAUGCAGAAACAUGCAAGAACGCAUGCUGUCCCAGCUGGCCGCCGCAGAAAGUCGGCACCGCAAGGUGAUCCUAGAUCUUGAGGAAGAAAGACAGAGACAUGCACAAGACACAGCUGAAGGAGAUGAUGUCACAUACAUGUUGGAGAAGGAGCGAGAACGGCUGACUCAGCAGCUGGAAUUUGAAAAGUCUCAAGUGAAAAAGUUUGAAAAGGAGCAGAAGAAGCUCUCCAGCCAACUGGAGGAAGAGAGGUCCCGCCACAAACAGCUCUCGUCCAUGCUGGUGAUGGAGUGCAAGAAGGCCACCAGCAAGGCUGCAGAGGAGGGGCAGAAGGCGGGGGAGCUGAGCCUGAGACUGGAGAAGGAGAAGAGCCGCGUGAGCAAGCUGGAGGAAGAGCUGGCGGCCGAGCGCAGACGCGGCCUGCAGACGGAGGCCCAGGUGGAGAAGCAGCUGUCCGAGUUUGACAUCGAGAGGGAGCAGCUGAGGGCGAAGCUGAAGCGCGAGGAGAGCCGCACCAGGACUCUCAAGGAGGAGAUGGAGAGUCUGAGGAAGGCGGUGAGGGAUCUGGAGGCGGCCCAGCCGGGCGGCGGGCCCGCUGAGCCCCCGAGGACGCCUGGGACCGAGUCCAGAGGCACCGCCACCGACUCCCCUUGCCUGGUGUCCGUGUUCUGCCAAACUGAGAGUCUUCAGGCGGAAAGAACCCCGGGGAGCAACGCAACCAAGGGCGCGCCUGCGGGGUCACCGGGCCCUUCCCCGUCCACGCACUCUUCCUACGCCAAAACCAACGGCCAUUGUGACGUGGAGAUGCAGACCAGCAGGGAUUUGUUACCAAGCGCUGGGACAGAAAGCGUGAGGCCAGCGCGAGAGAAAGCUGCUGGGUGCGCCCAAGAUCAGAUGAUAGAGAAUGGUGGCCCUCCCGCGGGGACAGAGCCUCCCGCUGCCCUGGCCGCGCCCCUCCCCUCCACGGGCAGCCCUCUGUCCCCAGGCAGCACCGCCGCCUCCUCUUUGACCUCCUCCCCUUGUUCUUCACCAGUCCUAACUAAACGCUUGGUAGGGCCAGCGGCCAGCAGCCCCGGCCACCAGUCGUCCUACCAAGUGGGAAUCAACCAGCGCUUUCACGCAGCUCGCCAUAAAUUCCAGGCCCAAGCCGACCAGGACCAACAGACCAGUGGCCUGCAGAGCCCGCCCUCCAGAGAUCUGUCACCCACCCUUGUGGACAACUCUGCUGCCAAGCAGCUGGCCCGAAACACUGUCACUCAAGUGCUCUCCAGGUUCACCAGCCAACAAGGGCCCAUUAAGCCCGUUUCUCCCAACAGCUCUCCCUUUGGCACAGAUUAUCGCAGUCUGGCCAAUACCACCAGCCCAAGAGGUGACACCAGCCAUUCGCCCACUCCAGGGAAAGUCUCCAGCCCUCUGAGCCCCCUGUCUCCUGGGAUCAAAUCGCCUACCAUCCCCAGAGCCGAGAGAGGGAACCCUCCACCCAUCCCUCCCAAAAAGCCUGGCCUUACCCCAGUGCCGUCCCCUACCGCUCCACUAACCAAAACCCCUUCACAGGCAGCCUCUUUAGGCACUGCGGAUGACCUUUCCGGUAGCUGUUCUGCCAAUGCUGUUGUAGCCAACGGCAAAGAUAUCGAGAUACUCCUGCCUACCAGCAGUUAGUCUCUAGGAGACUCUGUGUUUGACAUUCCAUUGCAUUUCGUCCAAGAGCUUAAAGACCGACCAUUGGGUCAGAUCGUGUUAUUUAUUUUGAUAGUGGUGGGAAUUUUCUUUGAAACAUUUUAGUGUAUUUUCACCUUUUUUGUAUUUUUUUAAAAGUAGAAACUGGGUAGUUUGGGUUUUAUGUCUCAGAUCUUUGUACUGAAGCUGGAAAAGGCACCUCAAAGAUGUCUCCAGGCUGAACAAUCACCAUCAUGUCGUGAUGGAGAAGAGCUUUUUGUGGACCAGGUGGCAACUUGUUCUCUAUUCUGGGAUGAGAAACAUUCACUUUCAAUUAUGCAGAAAUGAUUCAUGCAGAUUUUUAUUCCAGAUGAACAUGUAUAAAAAGUGCCUGAAAUAAGAUUGCCUGCCAUAUGACUGUGGCUCUGUGGCAAAAUACAUGAAAAGGGGUCAUGUCCCGACAGAAAAUGAGACCUUCCAGGACUCCAGAAUGUUCCAGAUCAACACUGCUUUUAAGCCUUUUAGUGUGUUCUUAAUACAAACUGUUCUGAAACAAGGCUGCAUUAGUAAAACAAAAACCUUUUCCCUGUGAGGAUGAACAUAAGCUGAGAGCUUUAUUAGCAAGCCCCUGCCAAUCCCUCCUGAGCAGUAAGCGGUUGAGAUGCUCAUCUUUCUCAGACUAUUAAGUGACUCCCGGCAUCAAUCCUUGGAUAAAAUGAAAUCGCUAAUGGUCAAAUCCCUUCCCCUCUCCAUCCCCCCCCCCAAAAAAAUUCUUCAAGCAUCUACUGUCGUGUGUAGAACUGCUGAGUCCAAAAUCUUACUAUUACUUGAAAAGGAAAAUUGUUAAACAUUCUGUGUAAAUGUCUUGUGACAGAAUGAUGGGAUCUUAUUUACUAUGUAAUCAAAAAGCAAUAACUUAAAAGUUACUCAUUUUGUAAUGUUAAAAAUCCAAAUUACACCGGUUUUACCGAGUGGUCAUAUGUGCUGUCCCAGCCUGCCAACAUAUGGUAACUGUUACUUGGGAACUAAAUUAACAUUUGCCUAGAUAGAUACAUAUCAUAUAUCAGUAUAGAUAUACAUCCAUGUACAUGUUAACAUACACACACCUACCACAUGCAUAUAGAAUAUAAAUUUUAGUGUGAGUAUAUUCUUAGAGUUUCCAGUAUUGCAUAAAGAAAAAGUAGAAAUGCACAUUAAGAUUACCUACCAAAGUAGCCAGCUUGCUCUCCUUUGUGCUGCUGGGCCCCAUUUAGGCUUUGAGAGGAAUGGUCUCUGCAGGGCAGUGAGUAGAGUAGCUCCCUCGCUCUUGGAAUUUCAAAGCUGAAUCCAAAUCCCUUAUCAUCCUGGGGAAUGUUCCUGGAAGAAGGAUAAGGUAAUCUGACCUUUUCUCAUUUUAGCAACUCAUCUCUCAGUAGGACUUCUUUUCCAUUUGGUAAAUGGAUGGUAUAUAGGAGAUACAGAUAUACAGUGUAGACAUUUCAAGGGAGGGUGAAGGCAGAUGAUUUCUUAAUUUUGCAUAAACUUGUCAAGGUGGUCUUAUCCUCCAAAAAGUGUAGGGUCAACCCUCUUAUUGCAGUCAAGACUGCUCUUAACCCAGCCUAGACAGAUGAAUGUUUUGUCCUUCAUAAAUGGCUAUAGAGAAUGGGAUACCCAACAUGCCUCCCUGGGGACACCAUUUUAGUAUUUAACAACACUUACAAAAGUCUUUCAGAUGUGUAACUUUCAGUUCCUUCCUGCAAUUUUAAAUCUGUUCCCUCUUUAUCUGGCAUCAGUUCAUGGGGAAAGCAAACCACUGAAUAGAAAUCACUCUGUAAAUCAGUUAGUUAUUUCUUAAUUGGUACAUAAAUUCGCAGCGUUCCUGUUUUGAUCUGGUGGUGGUCCAUGUGCCACCAGGAGAAAAAUAGCAAUGCUACUAAUUAUUGCCCCAAGAUAGCUACUCAGUGAUAAAUUGGAGGGGUCUUAAAUUGUCCAAAGCUACUAGUGUGCACUGAAUUUCAUCCUCAUGCUUGGCACAAAUUAGCAAUGUCUAUGAUAAAUGGCUAAACUUUCUCAACUAGAGAGGGGGUCUGCAGCUCUUAAUAUGUUUAUUACCUCUCUUUAAAUGGUAAUCUUAAUAGUUGCAUUGUGCUCUUUCUUUAUGGCAUAGAUAUAGAGAGAGAUAUAUACUAUAAUGAAGUUUAUUUCUUAGGAAAUGCACUGAAUAAUGUAUUUCUUCUACAGUGUAAUAUGGGGUGGGGAAAUGCAAAAGAAAAUGUGUAUUUUUGCAAGUAGCCUAUCUUCUGAGACAAAUAAGCACAAAUAUUGCAAUGGAUCCAACUAAUCCAGUUAGGUUUUAUAGGUCUAGUAUUUAAGUUUUGCUGUACAUUGUGUGUUGAUAAGUAAAAAAAAAAAAAAAAGAUGAUUCACAUGUUGGUUAUUAUAAUCAAGUUGUUGCAAAGCUUUGUCACUGGUUAUGAAGUCCAGACACUUAACAGUAGCAUUAAUUGUCCAUUAACACAUGUAAAGCCAAAUGUUUCAUGGGUAAUUCUUUUUUUUUUAUAACAGAGACAACAUUAAAACAUGUUAAAUCAUA